CGCCAACGGCCGGUGUCGUGCCAUUUCUGCCGGUCCCGCAAGCUGAGGUGCAGCCGACAGAUGCCAUGCUCCAACUGUGCCUCUCGGGGUAUCGCGUGUCAGCCGUUCGGGGCUCUGCUUCGAGCGAUCCCCAGUGGGACUGAAGUGACUGUCGAUUCGUCGCAGCAGUCGGAGAUCCUGGCGCGGUUGAGCCAAGUGGAAGAGAGGUUGCGGCGAUGGGACCAGACUACUAUGAUGCCCGCCCCUCUACCGGACGGCUCUUCUCCCCCUUCGACGCCUACCGAUUCCGUACUGACUUCAGACGCCGUGUGGCUGGAGCGGGUGUUCACGGGCCAGGGCUUCACAGCCGCCCUUUCGGAUAGGAUUGCGUUUCGUAUCGGGCCCAUCCAGCAGAUCCGCGAGACGGUUACGCUGGUUCCGGCUUGCGAAAUUCCGGGAUCGACCCCGGCCUGUUCAGAGUUGGUUCGAGGCAUCUGGCUGCCGCUGUAUGGAGAAGCGCAGGUGCUUAUGGACAAGUUCGCCACCGAUGUCUGCUAUCUGCACCCCGGGGUACACGUUCCCUGGCUGAGACAGACAAUUGAUGAUCUAUAUGAAACCUUACAUCGACAAAUGCCUGUGAAAUUGGGGAGUGUGGCCUUGCUGCUAAGCGUCCUCGCGAGUACAACUCGGAUGUGGACGGUCGAAGAUAGCCAGCGGACGGGUUUGUACGUCGGGCUCGCUGAUUUCAACCACCAGGCUAGAGCUUGGGCCAAAGCCAAUCUAGAUGUCUUGGAUUAUUCGCGGCGCGUGAUGUGUGUCUCCCUGGAGACCAUCCAGGCCAUGGUGAUCGUGUCUCACGUGCUUUGCAAUCUGGAAGGGCCUUCGCCUCAGUUUCGCGAUCUGGUUGCCUCGGCCAUUUUACUUGGUCGUGAGAUUGGGCUGCACCGAAUCGAUCACUCCCAGGAUUUCCCUUGCACUGAGUCACUCCGUCUCGAUCCGGUUCGGGCAGAAAUCGGACGGCGAAUAUGGUGGUUCCUAGUAGCCACUGACUGGUUGAUUGGCCUGUAUGCUGGCCCCCAGGAAGACAUCUACAUUAUCAACCCACGGCAUAUGGCGGUCCAGAAGCCGAGGAAUUUCAGCGAUGAGGACUUGUUUGGCGGAGUGAUGCAGGAACCAAAGCCCCUGUCACAACCGACGGUUAUGUCGUACAAUUUGCAACGGAGCCAACUGGCAGAGAUCUGCCGCAGCUUUACCGAUCGCAGACCAUUGGCUCUCUCUUCGUCGGUGCCGAUUGACUAUCCCAGUGUCACGGAGAUCGAUGCUAGGAUGAACAAGUUUAUGGAGCAAAUCCCGGCCUUCUUCCGCCUCGAUGGUGGUGGCAGUGGGCCAGACACGCUCUCACAGAUCAGCGAGCAUCUGCGCCGGGGAAUUAUCACUCAACGAUACCUACUCAGCACUCUGGUUCAAGGGCAGCGGUGCAAGCUCCAUCUGCCUUACUUCAUUCGAGGAUAUUCAGAGCCUACAUUUGCGUGUUCCCGUGAUGUGUGCAUCGAGGCUGCGCUUCUUAUUGUGCAGACGAACCUCCAGGCCCGGAAAGAAGAGACUUUCUUCAAUUCUAUUCGAGGGAAACUCGUCUGUGUUAUACACAGCGCGUUCAUGGCGAGCUUUAUUCUCUCCCUCGACAUGUGUCUAAACAAAGAUUCCAACAAGAAGUCCAACACCCACCAGACCGAAGCCUUGCAGGCCUACCGAAUUCUAGAAGAAGCCCGAGAGCAAUCUGAGAUCGCUGCCCGUCUCCUCGACUUUCUGAUGGGUCUCCUCCGCAAACAU